GAAGUGUGUGGGCGGUGGCGGCGGUUCCGGUUCCGGCGGCCGUGCGGGGGAGGCAGCGGCGGCGGCGGCGGCAGCAGCGAGGCGAGCGGCGCGUUACCCCGCAUCGGCACCGCGCCCUGGGCGCCCUCCGCCGCCCCACCGCACCCGCUCCACCCGCCGGACCCGCUCUCCGCACCCCCCCGCCGCCCACGCAGUCAGCAGGAGGGAGAAAAUGAAAGCAGGCUGCAGCAUUGUGGAUAAGCCAGAAGGAGGAGGAGGUUAUCAUUUCCCAGAGUGGGCUUACAAGACCGAGUCGAGCCCCGGCUCCCGGCAGAUCCAGCUCUGGCAUUUCAUCCUGGAGCUGCUGCAGAAGGAGGAGUUUCGCCAUGUCAUCGCCUGGCAGCAGGGCGAGUACGGGGAGUUCGUCAUCAAGGACCCUGACGAAGUGGCUCGGCUCUGGGGGAGAAGAAAAUGCAAACCCCAGAUGAACUACGACAAGCUGAGCCGGGCCCUCAGAUACUAUUACAACAAGAGGAUUCUCCACAAGACAAAAGGCAAAAGGUUCACCUACAAGUUCAACUUCAACAAGCUGGUGAUGCCCAACUACCCGUUCAUUAACAUUCGGCCUAACGGUGUCGUGCCGCAGAGCGCUCCUCCUGUCCCCACAGCUUCGUCCCGCUUCCAUUUCCCACCGCUGGACAGCCACUCUCCCACCGAAGAUGCCCAGCCCGGUCGGUUCUCCGGUGGGUCCCUGGUCCCAUCCAACCCAGAAGCGUUGGGUGACGGCGGCGAGAGGAAGCCGGACAUGCCGGAGCUGGAGGACGGCUCCUCGGAUUGGCGCCGUGGCGUGGAUCUCAUGGCCUCGCGCAACGCCGUGGGCGCCGGUAGCGUCAAUCACCAGAAGCGCAAGCCCGAUAUCAUGCUCCCUCUCUUCACCAGGCCUGGGAUCUACCCAGAUCCUCACAGCCCCUUUGCCGUGUCCCCUCUGCCGGGGCGCGGCGGGGUCCUAAACGUCCCGAUCUCUCCAGCGUUGUCCCUGACGCCCACCCUUUUCUCCUACAGCCCCUCUCCGGGCCUCAGCCCCUUCACAGGUAGCAGCUGCUUCUCUUUUAACCCCGAGGAAAUGAAACACUACCUGCAUUCGCAAGCUUGCUCCGUCUUCAACUACCACCUGAGUCCGCGGACUUUCCCCCGCUAUCCGCUCAUGGUGCCACCACUACAGUGCCAAAUGCCCCUCGAGGAGCAGCCCCAGUUCCCCAUCAAGCUACAGCCUCCACCCGUGGGCCGCAAAAACAGAGAGAGACUGGAAAGCGCUGAGGAGCCGGCGGCCCCGCAGCUAGCUACUCCUCCUCCCCGGGUCAAGGUCGAGCCCGUGAUGGACAAGGAGGCAGAGUCCGAAGAGCUGCCGGCGAAAGGAAAAGACAAAAGCGAGAGAGAGGAAGGCUCCGGCCUGCCAGCCGGCCUGGAAGAGGAGAAAGGGCCUGUGUUUGCCAGACCAGCCGCCCCAUCGUGGCACCCAGCCCCACCGGCACCCCUCCCGGCCGGCUUCUUGCCUGACGAAUCCCAGGAGCAAGGAGAGAGCAGCGGGGAGAAAUCAUCCCGGGAGCCUGCCGGAGAACCGGGAGCGCAGGAGAAGAGAGAGGAUGCCCUGAUGCCUCCGAAGCUGCGUCUCAAGCGCCGCUGGAACGGUGACCGGCAGGCGGACGUCCCCGAGGAGCGCCAGAACGGCCGACUCCACUGGAACGGGGCGCUGGGCGGCUCGCACCUCGCGGCGGGUCCCAAGGCCGUGGCGGCCGCGGCUGCCUCCGACACCUAAGCCCGGGGGAGCCUCGCGGUCCAUCAGCGCUGAAAACAUCUGUGUAUUUAUGUAGCAAGGUUGCAGAGCGUGGGGGGCGGGCGGGGGGCUGGGGCUAGCCUGGUUUGGUAAUUCUAGAAACUAGGGGUUUUGUGUUCUUUGUUUUCGUUGUUGAAUUGCAGGUGAGACGCGGUUGUCUCGCUCCGAUUAGGAGAGGCGAGGGAAGCCGGGCCGCCCUCGCGCGCAGGCUUCGGGCCUCGCACGAACUCCAGCGGGGUCGAGGCCUCCACCGGGACGGAGGAACUCCAGGCACGGUCUAUUUUCUAUACGCUCUAGUAUUUAUAGAAGCAGGAAUCUCCGAAUUCAUCUAGUUCCCUUUUCUUUUUAUAUAUGGAGCCUGGUGCGAUGGUGGGAGAGGAUUUCCUGCCCGUUCGAGACGUGCUGUGUGUCAGCCUCGGAAGCCGUCUGUAUGGUUUUUUUUUUGGGGGGUGGGUGGGUAGAGGGGGGGACGCUGGGGGAACAUUGCACUGUCUGCGAAUCGGGGAAGGUUGCAGAGAGACACAAGUGGGAAAGUCGCCGGCGAGGGGUGGGACGCCGCCGGAGAGGGAGCGGCGAUCCCGGCGAGCGGAUCUCGGUAGCGCUUUUGGGAUAACGUUAGUCGUCCUUUUCGCCUUUCUGAAGUAACUGCAGAAGCCAUGAGCAAAAUAUUUAAAAAAAAAAAAAAGAGAAAACACAUACAAAAAAAAAAAAUCUUUCAGGGAAGGGAGUGGGGUGGGAAAAAAAAUUAACCUAAUGCCUUUAAUAUACGCAUUAAAAUGUACCCUAGGUUUUUUUUUUUCCCCCUAAUUGUAUGGGUGGAGUUGGGAGCGAUUGGAAGAUUAACACUGAAAUGAUUGUGGUGAGUUCAUAGAGAAGGAAUGACAGGAGCUUUGUUAAAUCUUAUUUCCUUUGUUUGGUUCCCCUAUCA